AUGAGCAUAGACGUUUACGUGUUUUUUUUAUUGGGCGGGAACUCGACGAGGCGCGUAACGAUAAUUUUUAAGGCGCUUGGGCAACGGUCGCGGCACCGGGCGGCCGAGAGCACUCGCAGCCGUCCCUUUCGCUCGUGGGCCUCUCGCUUCCUCUCAGCUUCACCCUUUGUGAUCGCGACAGUUUCGAAGAGACCAGUUCUCGUAGAGCCGUGCAUUUCCACCGCGCCGUACGGCGGAGCCGCGGAAAUCUGGCACGUGGCGAUUUCCAGGGCCCUCGGAAAACUGGCGCAGUGCAGCGCUGCCUCCAAGGCUAGCCGUGCAUCGGCGCCCGAAAAACACAGGCUGCCGUUCGAUGACACUUGUCAUGUGCGCGCACUGGAGAGGUCGGAUGACUUCGUGCGGCCUCGGGAGGCUUCGGGAGGCUUCGGAGCGAUUCGGGGCGCUUCGGGCGGUAUCGAUCCGGGUGCUCGGACGGCGCCCGGCGUCCUGUCGCCCGUGGCGCCCCCUAACGGCGAAGGCGACAGCCGAUGGACGUCCAUGAUACGGCAGGCUGUCGAAACUGCAGCGAGGCAUAGACGCAAU